GUUUUCUGAAUUAUCAUCUCAGUCUAGUAGAACUUCUGCUCUUGCUGAAAUGUUAAGCAAUAACUUUGGAUUAGAUUCUCCAAUGACUAUAUUACCAUUAUUACUCUUACUUAACGAGACUACUCAGAAAAAAUGUACUAGGGAAUUAUUCGUAUCUACUGAAAAAUCCUCUAGCAAAAAAGUAAAAAAAACUGGUAGGAAGAAGGUAUCAAGCAUAAUAAAACAACUUAUCGAAGAAUUAUUAACCAAGAUUCUUGAUAGUAGUAGGAGCUUGGAAGAAACAAGUGAAAGCGUAAGUAACUUUUUACAACUCUCUGAAAGGAUUGAUCAUGCUAAAACUAAAAACAAAGAAGCAUCUCAGGGUCUUAUUUUCAGUUAUUUUAAUUUUGGAGAAGCUGUAUUUAAACGAUACAAGGAAUUAAAACCCAAGUUUGGCAAGGAUAGAUCUGAAGCGAUAGUUAAAAAAGAGGUUAGGGUGGCAAUUCCUGAAACAAAAUGCUCUGAUGAAGCUUUGCGAAAAAGGACAGAGAGAUCUGAAAAAAUUUACAAGCUUUUUAAUAGCAUUGGGAAAGAAAAAAUAGCUUGGAUUAGAUCUAUCCCCCAUCAUUCAUCUUAA